AUGGAUGAUUUCAAUGAAGUUAGGGAUGAUUCCGAGAGAAUGGGGUCGAAAUUCUAUUCGUCUUCUGCUCGAGUUUUUAAUGAAUUUAUUAACUCUAUUGAUCUGGUGGAUGUUCCUUUGGGUGGUCCUAGAUUCACUUGGAGCGAUAAAUGGGGUUCCAAAUUUAGCAAGCUCGAUAGAUUUUUGGUUACGGAGGGUUUUUUGGAUUCUUUUCCUCACCUUUCAGCUUUGGUUUUGGAUAAGAAUAUUCCGGAUCAUCGCCCUAUUCUCUUAUUGGAGCACCGGGUGGAUUAUGGUCCGACACCUUUUCGAAUAUUUCAUUCUUGGUUUGAUAUGGAGGGGUUUGAUGAUAUAGUUCGGGAGGCAUGGGCUACCUCGGUGGUGGAGGUGGAGUUGACUAACCCUUGGGUUAUUUUUAAGAAAAAACUUCAGUUUCUUAAAUCUAAACUCAAGGAGUGGAACUCUAAACAUCGGGACAUGGCGGCUAGUAAAAGGAAGAACUUGCAAGAUUUAGUUGAGUCUAUCGAUAUUAGGCUCAUGGAGGAUGAAGGUUCGGCUAACCUGAGAGAACAAAGAGUUUCUUUAUUAAAGGAGAUUUCUGAUAUUGACCAUUUAGCUCAAGUUGAUCUUGCUCAAAAAGCUAAAAUCCAGUGGGGCAUCGAAGGGGAUGAGAAUUCUAAAUUUUUCCAUGGUAUGCUUAACCGUAAAAGGAGACAAAUAGCUAUUCGUGGCUUGAUGAUUGAUGACAUGUGGGUGGAUAAUCCGGCCAUGGUCAAAAAGGGGUUUCAUGAGUAUUAUCAAUCUUUAUUUCAGCAGAGUUCCUCUUGGAGGCCAGUUACAGAUGGUGCAUUUUUUAGUACUUUAUCCCAACUGCAGGCACUACUAGAAAACAACCUUUUAAUGACGCGCAAACAUUGA